AUGAACUCCGAAGACGAGGCGCUUACCAACUUCUACAACGAGCGUGUGUUGGCACACCGACGACUACUUUCGACAAACGAGACGCUGUGGGCAAAGUUUCAGUGGUCCGGCUGGAGCAUCUCGCUGCUGGUCCUGGCGGCUACUCUGUUCUACCGAGCGUAUGGCCAGGAAACAACUCUUGACGCUGUCGUGACAUCGGCGGGCAACAUCCUGCUCGAAGCGCUCGUCUAUAUACUACCCGCCCGUCUAAUUUUUGCCCUCGACAGCUGGGUCAACCCGUUUCAGCCGAUGAACGAGAGCAACACCCACACGGCCAAGAGCGAUGCAAUGCGCCGCGUAAUAGGGCUGGGCCGUCCCGGAGGCAUGAUGGCAUCAGUUCUCAAGGCUAGAAGCCGCGCGCUGUCAGCCACAGGUAGUGUCUUUGGCAUAAAGACGCAAUCCGGUGGGCCGCCAGGGCUGGGGAACAUUGAUAACUCGUGCUACCAAAACAGUAUUCUACAAGGAUUGUCCUCUCUCGAUUCGAUACCCGAAUUUCUGUCGACAUGCCUCAAGAAUCUGGACGCUGAGCAAUCCAACAACAGUGUCGCUCAAACUUUGAAAACACUCAUUUCCGAUCUGAACGACUUCGAGAAUUACGGACAGACUUUGUGGACGCCAGGUGUCCUAAAAUCGAUGAGCACAUGGACGCAGCAAGAUGCGCAAGAAUACUAUUCGAAAAUAUUGGACGACAUUGAAAAGGGUGUGACCAAGGCAGUGCGGGAAAGUCGGCCACAGCGUGGACUGAAACGUGACGCACCAGUCAAGGACGAUGCCACGCCCAGCGAAAACAGCGACGACAGUGGAUACCAAAGCGUCAGCCCUGACCCAAGGUUGUCCGAUAUGAAGCUGAUUCGGAAUCCCUUGGAGGGGCUACUCGCGCAACGAGUGGCAUGUAUACGAUGUGGCCACUCGGACGGGAUCUCCAUGAUUCCUUUCAACUGCCUGACACUAAGCCUCGGGCUAGAGAAACACCAACAUGAUCUCUACGAACGUCUAGAUGCUUACACCAAGGUCGAGGCUAUUGAGGGUGUCGAAUGCCCGAAAUGCACACUUUUGAAGUCACAGGGGCUUUUGACGAGCCUCUUGGAAAAGAUGAAGCAGAGCAAUAUGCCGGAGGCGCAGCUGACUGACUCGAUACGGCGGUUGGAGGCAGUCAAUCUUGCGUUGGAGGAAGACGACUUUGACGAAAACACGCUGCGCGGCGCCUGCAAAAUCUCACCAAAAAGCAUAGUGACGACGACCAAGACGAAACAAAUAGUGAUUGGCCGCCCGCCGCAGUCGCUGGCUGUGCAUAUGAAUCGCUCUGUGUUUGAUCCAGCCACGUUUGACAUGAUUAAAAACUCGGCACCCGUGCAUUUUCCCAUGACGCUGGAUCUUGGCCCGUGGUGUCUGGGCAGCUCGGGCGGCAAGGCUGGCAGCGUCGACGGCGAGGAGCUGUGGCCGACAGGGUCGAUGGCUUCUUUGAUUGCGGGGGACAGCAGCCGCUCGCGGCUCUCUGGCCCAAUUUACGAGCUGCGCGCAGCUGUUACGCACUAUGGCCGGCACGAGAAUGGUCACUAUAUAUGCUACCGCAGGUAUCCGCGGUCUGCACCGAGCAGUCAGACUCCUAGCGAAAAGAUGGAAGGUGCAGAAACAGCAGCAGAAGACGCUGCGGAGGAACAAACAGAACAAGUACCCGAGAAGACUGCACCAGAGAUAGCGUCCGAGCCAAAGGCUGCAGCCGGAUUGUCAGACGAAUCUUCUACGCGCAAUGAAAGAGUCGCCGAAGAAGGUCAAACGUCUGGAACUCAGAAUGAUGCAGAGGACGCAGGACAACAGGCCACUGCCGAUACAGACACCAAGGUUGAGGAGUCGGCUGAGGAAUCAAGCGAUGCCGUCGCGGCGGGCGAGCCGACAUGGUGGCGACUCAGCGACCACAACGUCAGCAAAGUCACCGACGAAACAGUCAUGUCGCUGUCGCCUGGCGUCUUUAUGCUCUUUUACGAAUGCAUCGACCCUAGCAUGGUUCUCGACGCCGAGGAAGACGAGAUGCAGGAUGCCGAAACGAGCUUGCCGCGGAGCGUCCAUUACGAGGCCACGGCGCUUGACUCGCCGGCCGGUCUCGACUCGGAGGGCGAGGAUGAGCGCACAAUGACGUCGGCCGCGUCGACGAUGACGGAUACGGAUAAUCGGUCAGACAGCAGCGCGACGGAGACGGACAAUACGACGGUCGGUACGGCUGAAUCGGUGUCUUUUCCGGACAGUGAUGCCGAGGAAGCAAAGGCUUGA